AAGGGGGGACACGAGGCCUGGGGUCUGGGAGGCACUCAGGCCCGGGAGCAAUGGAUGGGCUGAGGGGUGAGUGGGUCCCAGAGAGGCAGAGCUGGGCCAUUGGGACUGCUUGGCCCUCGGGGGGUCACUGAGGCCAAGCCAGGCCCCGGUGGGGAAGCGUGGGGUCAGAGUCACCCACCCCUUGCCGGCCCAUAGCGCCUUCCUUGAUGUCCUGCUGCUGCCCCUUGGCUUGCUCGUGGGGUCAGACAGGGCUCCCGUUUGCUCCCUGGUGAUGACGCCCCGCUCUGCGCCGAGAGGAGGCCUGGAAGCCCUGAGCCUCUGCGGUGCAGGCAGGGGAGGCCAGCAGUCUGGGUGAAUCCUGGGGGUGUGAGUGAGAGUUUCUGUUGCCUGAUCUUUCUGUCAACGUCGCGAAAGGACGGAUUACUAUUUCCACCUUUUCCCGUGAGGCACCUGCCUCAACGUUGAGUAACUCUCUGGGGUCACCCUCCUAGAAAGAGCAGGGCAGGGGCUGGAGGGCCAAGACCCCGUGCCUGCCUGCCAUGCCCAGGGCUCCAUGUGUGGCGGCCCUUGGUGCUCUCUCAGUGACGGCUGAUAAGCAGACCUCGUGCCCGGGGGCAUCCGAGGGGUUCCACUGGGGUAGAUUAAUGCAAGGAGAGCAAGGAUUUGGGGUCCAGGUGAGACUGGGGUCACCCAGAGGGUGCUGAUCCUCUUCCUGCGAUCUGGUUUCAGGAGAAUGUGAGGGUCACACCUUCCGUUUAGUUUUUGCCCUGAAACAGAGUCUUAAUUGGCCGGUGUCACUCAAAACUUCCUUGGUUUCGUCAUCUACCUGUAGGCCCCAGGUUUUCUGGAGUCUUGCUUUCCCUCCAUCCCUGCCUGCAGAUUGACCAAAUCUUUUCUCAGUCAUGGGAGACUUGGCUCAGUGCAGCUGACCGUCACCCAGGCACACUUGUGACCUUUGCCACGCAUUCAUUAGGUGCUCACCUGUCCCCCGGGUUGUUUUUUAUGGCAACACCAUGACUGGCUUCCAGGCACCGAUUUCUGCACAGUCAUCGGCACUGUGCUGGGAACAACAACCCAGACGACAGCAGACGUGACUCUGUGCUUAUGUUUCGAGGAGGUGGCUGCAGGUCUGCGGCUGCAGCUGCACCCCGUGUGUCCUCUGGUGGGGACACCGCUGGAGGAGCAGACCCCACUGGCAGGUGGAGCGCAGCAAAAACAGCUGGCAGGAAUUCAGGUUGCUCAGACUUGGUGUUGGUUCUGCUCGCCUGCGUGAGGUGACCCAACCGGGCCACCUGGUCAGGCUGGACAGUGGGGGUGGGAAGUACGUCCCCCACGGGGGCCACUUCAAGUCACAUGGCAGUGGAUGGGACGUAUGAUCCCUUACAGGGAACAGGGCCCAGUGAUCGGGCACAGGGAUACGGUCUACCACACUCCUGGCCCAAAAACUGGGAGGAAGAAGGGAAAUUUGUGUGUCUUGAAAGAGAAGCAGAGACAUUUCUGAGGUGCUGUGUUCCCGAGACCAGGACAGAGAGGAGGCGGGAGAGAGGACAAGGCCGGCAGUCGGAAGACUGGUGGGGCUGGGGGUGGGGGCUGUUCCUGUCCUCGUGUUGUUGUCCCCUCCCCGUGCUCCCGCCGCCCCCUCUUGCCCGCCUACCUGAGCAACAUGAUAAGCCUCAGCUCCCGGCUGCAACAUGAAGACAUAAUUGUGCUGUGGCUUCCUCCGAAGGCCUGGCUUGGAAACUUUCACCUGAUCGUGCGUUUGAAGGCCCCUUGCAUAGGGGCUCUGCAGCUGUGGGCGAGGGCCUGGAUUAUCACCGGGGGGACCCACGCCGGCGUGAUGAAGCAGGUGGGCGAGGCGGUGCGCGACUUCAGCCUGAGCAGCAGCCGCAAUGAAGGAGAACUUGUCACCAUUGGAAUUGCUACGUGGGGCGCCGUGCACAACCGGAGGAGCCUGAUCCAUCCCACGCUCCUCCCCAGCCAUCUGCAAGGCGGCUUCUGUGCCGAGUACGUCGUGGAUGAGGAAGGCCAAGGGCACCUGACCUGCCUGGACAGCAACCACUCCCACUUCAUCCUUGUGGAUGACGGCACCCACGGCUGCUACGGGGUGGAGAUUGCCCUGAGGACAAAGCUGGAGAAGUUCAUAUCGGAGCAGACCAAGGAGAGAGGAGGUGUGGCCAUCAAGAUCCCCAUCGUCUGUGUGGUGCUGGAGGGGGGACCCGGAACACUGCAAACCAUCUACAACGCCAUCACCAACGGCACCCCCUGCGUGAUCGUGGAGGGCUCGGGCCGCGUGGCCGACGUCAUUGCCCAGGUGGCCAGCCUGCCCAUCUCCGAGAUCACCAUCUCCCUGAUUCAGCAGAAGCUGAGCAUGUUCUUCCAGGAGAUGUUUGAGACCUUCACCGAAAGCAGGAUUGUGGAGUGGACCAAAAAGAUCCAAGACAUUGUCCGGAAGCGGCAGCUGCUGACCAUCUUCCGGGAAGGCAAGGAUGGCCAGCAGGAUGUGGAUGUGGCUAUCCUGCAGGCCUUGCUGAAAGCCUCUAGGAGCCAUGACCACUUUGGCCACGAGAACUGGGACCACCAGCUGAAGUUAGCAGUGGCGUGGAAUCGUGUGGACAUUGCCCGGAGUGAGAUCUUCACUGACGAGUGGCAGUGGAAGCCUUCAGAGCUGCAUACCAUAAUGACGGCCGCCCUCAUCUCCAACAAGCCUGAGUUCGUGAAGCUGUUCCUGGAGAAUGGGUUGCAGCUGAAGGAGUUUGUCACUUGGGACACCCUGAGCUCCCUGUACCGGAACCUGGACCCCUCCUGCCUGUUCCAGUACAAGCUGCAGAAGGUGCUGGCCGAGGAUCCCGAGCACCCGACCGCCGUGCCCGCCGACCCCCGAGUGCAUAUGCACUUUGUGGCCCAGGUGUUGCGGGAGCUCCUGGGGGACUUCACGCAGCCGCUGUACCCCCGGUUCCGGCCUUACGACCAGGUGCGGCUCACGCUUCGCGUGCCGCAUGGCAAGCCCAACGAUUCAUCAGGUGAUGCUGCCUUCAAAAGGGACCCAGCCCGUGAUCUUCUCAUUUGGGCCAUCGUCCAGAACCGCCGCAAGCUGGCAGAAAUCAUCUGGGAUCAGAGUCAGGAGUGCAUUGCUGCGGCCUUGGCCUGCACCAAGAUCCUGAAGGAGCUGUCCAAGGAGGAGGAGGACACGGACAGCUUGGAGGAGAUGCUGGCGCUUGCUGAUGAGUAUGAACACAGAGCCAUCGGAGUCUUCACCGAGUGCUACCGCAAGGAUGAAGAGAGAGCACAGAAACUGCUCGUCCGAGUGUCCCAGGCCUGGGGGACGACCACCUGCCUGCAGCUGGCCCUGGAGGCCAAGGACAUGAAGUUCAUGUCCCACGGGGGUGUCCAGGCCUUCCUGACCAAGGUGUGGUGGGGCCAGCUCUGCGUGGACAAUGGGCUCUGGCGGGUGAUCCUGUGCAUGCUGGCCUUCCCGCUGCUCUGCACCCACCUCAUCUCCUUCAGGGAGAAGAGGCUGCAGGCCGUGAGGGGCCUGCUCCGCGUCCGUGCCUUCUUCAGCGCGCCUGUGGUCAUUUUCCACGUGAACAUCCUGUCCUACUUCCUCUUCCUCUGCCUCUUCUCCUACGUGCUCAUGGUGGACUUCCAGCCCACGCCCUCGCACUGCGAGUACGUCAUCUACUUCUGGCUCUUCUCCCUCACCUGUGAGGAGUUGCGGCAGCUCUUCUAUGACCCUGACGGGUGCGGGCUGAGGAAGAGGGCCUUCUUGUACUUCAAUGACUUCUGGAAUAAACUGGACAUCAUUGCCAUCUUGCUCUUCAUAGUAGGACUGACCUGCAGGCUCAUACCAGCGUUGCUGUACACCGGGCGCGUCCUCCUCUCUCUGGAUUUCAUCAUGUUCUGCCUCCGUCUGAUGCACAUUUUCACUGUCAGUAAGACACUGGGGCCCAAGAUAAUCAUCGUGAAGCGGAUGAUGAAGGACGUCUUCUUUUUCAUCUUCCUGCUGGCGGUGUGGGUCGUGUCUUUCGGGGUGGCCAAGCAGGCCAUCCUCAUCCACAAUGAGAGCCGGGUAGACUGGAUCUUCCGGGGGGUCAUCUACCAGUCAUACCUCACCAUCUUCGGGCAGAUGCCGGCCUACAUCGACGGCGUGAACUUCAGCCUGGACGACUGCAGCCCCAAUGGCACAGAGCCCUACAAGCCCAAGUGCCCGGAAAGCGACACCAACCUGCAGGCGCCUGCCUUCCCCGAGUGGCUGACAGUCAUCCUGCUCUGCCUCUACCUGCUUUUCACCAACAUCCUGCUGCUCAACCUCCUCAUCGCCAUGUUCAACUACACGUUCCAGCAGGUCCAGGAGCACACGGACCAGAUCUGGAAGUUCCAGCGCCACGACCUGAUAGAGGAGUACCACAACAGGCCCCCGGCGCCGCCCCCCUUCAUCGUCCUCAGCCACCUGCAUCUCGUCGUCAAGAGGGUCAUCCUGAAGAUACCCGCCAAGCGACACAAGCAGCUCAAGAACAAGCUGGAGGAGAGCGAGGAGGCGGCCCUCCUGUUCUGGGAGACCUACCUGAAGGAGAACUACCUGCAGAACCAGCAGUACCAGCAGCAGCAGAGGCCGGAGCAGAAGAUCCAAGACAUUAGCAAUAAGGUGGAUGCCAUGGUGGACCUGCUGGAAAUGGAGCACGUGAAGCGGUCGGGCUCCGUGGAGCAGAGACUGGCCUCCCUGGAGGAGCAGGUGACCCAGACGGCCAGAGCACUGCACUGGAUCGUGAAGACCCUGAAGGACGGUGGCUUUGGCUUGGAGGCAGACGUCCCCACUCUGGCAUCCCAGAAGGCCUCGGAGGGGCAGGAUCCUGAGCUGCACAGCAGGCAGGAGGAGGAGGACCCGGGUGACGCCCACCACGUGAAUGCCCGGCACCUCCUCUACCCCAGCUCCCUCAUCACGCGCUUCCCCGUGCCCAAUGAGAAGGUGCCCUGGGAGACGGAGUUUCUCAUCUACAACCCGCCCUUUUACACGGCCGAGAGGAAGGACAAGGGCGUGGUGGACCCUGUGGGGAGUGCCCUGGAGCCCCUGUCCGGGAUCCGCUACAAUGCCGUGGAUGGCCCCGUGGACCGCCGCAGCUCGCACGGCCCCUACGCUGUUCGGGACGGGCUCCCUCUGAACCCCAUGGGCCGCACAGGGCUGCGUGGGCGCGGGGCCCUCAGGUACUUUGGACCCAACCACUCGCUGCAGCCCGUGGUCACCCGCUGGAGGCGGAACCAGGACGGAGCCAUCUGCAGGAAAAGCAUAAAGAAAAUGCUGGAAGUGCUGGUCAUGAAGCUCCCCAUCUCAGAACACUGGGCCCUGCCUGGGGGGUCCCAGGAACCAGGAGAGAUGCUGCCCCGGAAGCUGAAGCAGGUCCUCCAGAGAGAGUUCUGGUCUUCCUUCCAGAGCUUGCUGACUCAGGGCGUGGAGGUGUACAAGGGGUAUGUGGACGACCCUCGGAACACGGACAACGCCUGGAUCGAGACGGUGGCUGUCAGUGUCCACUUCGCAGACCAGAACGACGUGGAGCUGACGAGGCUGGACUCGCACUUGAAGCACCACGACCCGAAGAUAUCCGUCCGCUGGCAGGUCGUGGACAAGCGCAUCCCGCUGUAUGCCAACCACAAGACCAUCCUCCAGAAGGUGGCCACUCUGUUCGGGGCUUACUACUGACCUGUGGACUUAGGCCGGGCCCCUCUGCCAGCAGCAGGCCAGGCUAGUCUGUCCACGGGCCCCUCCGAGAGGUGGGCUGCUCUCUCCUGGUGCCGGCUGCCCCAGACACAUGCAGCUCUGGACCUUGGGCAGGGGAGGGGCCGCUGCUGGGGCACCACAUGAUGUGGUUUGGGGACCUACCGCCCCUCAUAGCCAGCUGGAGUUGCUGGCCAGAAGCUUGUGAACCAGACAAUCAGGGCGCCCUGAGAAGAGAGCCAAAGCAGGGGACAGUCUGGCUCUGGUCACACUGCAGUUCCUCAGGGUUGAGGUGGGCACUGGGACCCGCCAGCCAUCGCUGCCUCUCCUGAGCAGGCUGGCAGCCUGUCAAGGGGCUGGGGCGCCCUGGCAGCCUUGACCAUUGGCUGGAGUUGAUUCCCUCCUGCUCAUGUCAUUGUGAUCAGUGUGAGAGGUGCAGCGGCCCAAGGCCUGCAUUUCCUGGAGAGUCAGGGUUCCCCUGUGUCCUCCUCCUCGGGCUCAGGCCCCCAAGAUAGCCUCCCCUGUGACUUGACUCGGACCCUCGCCUGGUGCGGGGCACUAUAGGAAU